GUGUGACCAUUGUUACCUUAGAUCCGCAUUGUUUACCGCAGCUCAGGUUUAAGACAAAAUUAUCUUUAUUUUAUAAAAUAAAAUAACACAAAGCUCGCAAAGAUGACCGCUGUCCCGCCACCUGCAAAUAUUGCCACGCUCAUGCCUCUGGAAUUGGUGGACAAAUGCAUUGGCUCCCGCAUCCACAUAAUAAUGAAGAAUGACAAGGAGAUGGUGGGUACCCUUUUGGGAUUCGAUGAUUUCGUGAACAUGCUCCUGGACGAUGUGACGGAGUACGAAAAUACGCCGGAUGGGCGCCGCAUCACCAAGCUCGACCAGAUUCUGCUAAAUGGCAAUAACAUAACAAUGUUGGUUCCAGGUGGCGAAUUGGCGGAGUAGCAAAGUUCCAUUUAUUAAACAAAAAUAUAUAAUUACAAUAAUAACGCAAGAGUUUUAAUACA